AUGGCAGACACGAUGGCAAUGCAGUCGGCAGUCCGCCUGCCAACUCCACCGCCAGGAGUUUCCUAUUCUCCGCGCGCAUCCGUCCCUCGGAAGCGGUCCCCAACCUCGCGUUCACCGUCGCCAGACCGUCGCCGUCGUGCACCGGCUCAAGAUGAUGCUGAGAAUGGCCAGUAUGAGCCAGAUGCGAGGGAAAAAGAGCUGGCGGAACGGUUUCGCAGAACCCAAAGGCUUGCGGCCUCCAAACCACUAACAGAGGAGGAGAAACAAGCAGCUGCAAAGGCUGAAUAUGAAAAGCUUUUGAACAUGCGUUCCGGAGGCACAUAUAUACCUCCCGCAAGGCUGCGGGCUCUCCAAGCUCAGAUAACUGAUAAGUCGAGCAAGGAGUAUCAACGGAUGGCAUGGGAGGCUCUGAAGAAGUCGAUAAACGGGUUGAUCAACAAAGUCAAUGUUUCGAACAUCAAGCAUAUUGUCCCCGAGCUGUUUGGUGAAAAUCUGGUCCGUGGCCGUGGCCUAUUUUGCCGCAGUAUAAUGAAAGCCCAGGCUGCCAGUUUACCGUUUACGCCGAUUUACGCUGCUAUGGCUGCCAUCGUGAACACGAAACUUCCUCAGGUUGGAGAGCUUCUCUUACAUCGGUUGGUCGUUCAGUUCCGAAAGGCCUUCAAGCGCAACGACAAGGCUGUUUGCAUCUCUUCAACUACGUUUAUUGCGCACUUAUGCAACCAGCAGGUGGUACAUGAAAUGGUUGCUGCUCAGAUAUUGCUCUUGCUGCUUCAUAAGCCUACCGAUGACAGCGUCGAGAUUGCGGUUGGGCUCACACGAGAAGUUGGGCAACAUUUGGAGGAAAUGAGCGGACCGAUUGCCUUGGCCGUGUUUGACCAAUUCAGGCACAUUCUGCACGAAGCAGAUAUCGACAAGCGUGUGCAAUACAUGAUUGAAGUUCUGUUUCAGGUCAGAAAAGAUAAGUUCAAGGACAACCCUGCCAUCAAGGAGGAGCUUGAUCUUGUUGAAGAAGAAGAUCAAAUCACGCAUCGUGUUGGUUUGGAUGAUGAGAUCAAUGUUCAAGACGGGCUGAAUAUCUUCAAAUUUGAUCCUCAGUGGGAGGAGCACGAAGAGGCAUACAAGAAGCUUAAGGCUGAGAUUCUUGGAGAAGGAAGUGAUGACGAGGAAGAGGACGAUUCAGAAGCAAGCUCUGAAGAGGAAGAAGAUGAAGAAGAGAAAGAGAUGGAUAUCAAAGACCAAAGCAACACCGACCUGGUUAACCUGCGACGAACCAUUUACCUAACAAUCAUGUCUAGCAUUGACUUUGAAGAAUGCUGCCACAAACUGAUGAAAAUCAACCUUCCUACUGGCAAAGAAUCUGAGUUGCCAUCGAUGAUCAUAGAGUGCUGCUCUCAGGAGCGCACCUAUUCCAAAUUCUACGGUUUGAUCGGAGAGCGAUUCGCCAAAAUCAACCGAUUAUGGGCUGACCUUUUCGAAACUGCCUUUGCUACAUACUACGAGACUAUCCACAGGUAUGAAACGAACAGGCUACGCAACAUUGCUCGUUUUUUUAGCCACAUGCUUAGCUCUGAUGCCAUCGGUUGGCAUGUCUUAUCUAUCGUACACCUCAACGAAGAAGAGACCACGUCAAGUAGCCGUAUCUUUAUCAAGAUUCUCUUCCAGGAUCUUGCUGAGGUGCUGGGAAUGACCAAGCUACAGGAGCGGUUGAGAGACCCGAUUCUUCUACCCAGCUAUGAAGGGAUAUUCCCGACCGAUAACCCUCGCAACACCCGUUUCUCCAUCAACUACUUUACCAGUAUUGGAAUGGGUGUUCUCACCGAAGAGAUGCGUGAGCACCUUAAAAAUAUACCCAAGCCAACUGUACCGGCCAUACAAGCCCCUGUAUCGGACUCUGAGUCUGUCAGCUCUUACUCCAGCUACAGCUCACGCAGCCGGUCAUCUCGUUCCCGGUCACCCUCCCGCUCUCGGUCUCCAUCUCGAGGCCGGCGUAGUAAGCCCUUCUCGGAGACGCCGCAGAAGCUACUCCAGGUCAAUAUCACCAACCCCUCCUCGACAACGCCGAGAUAG